UGCUGGCCUGGUAGGAGCAGGUUGAGGAAGUCCAGCUGCAACCUUACUCUUCAGCGGUCCAGACCUGCAGGGCUAGCGGGGUUAGAGGAACCCGGCCCUGUAGCUCCAGGUCAAACAAAGGGCGGUGGAUCCCACCUGCAGAAGCCUCAGGGGAGAAUAAGGCUGUUUGUUUUGCAAGGGUGCAGCGGCUGCCUUCUCAAAGGUCCAGCUUAGAGAGUCAACGCCUGUCUCUGCUCCUUGGCGCUUGUAGGAGCAGACACCAGAAGCGCUGGUCUUCCAUCUCAAGAAAGCUCCAGAGUCUAUGGCUAACCUCCAGGAGCAGUACCGUCACUUUUGUUCAGAAAACAUACGGAAAGCUAACCCUUUUAUACUGGAUAUACUCCAAAAACUGGAUGAAGAAAUUGAAAAGGGGCCAGAAGAAGGAAUCACAUUAAAUAUUGCUGGUAAUAACCGCUUAGUCCCAACACAAAGAAUGACAGGUGAAGAUUUUUGGCUUCUUUCCAAAGUUUUGGGUAACCAGACGUAUAUCACUGGUCUGGAUGUGAAGUAUAACCUCAUAGGUGAUGUCGGUGCCUACUACGCUGCAAAGCUGCUUCAGAAACAGCCAUGCAUCACUUACUUAAACCUUAUGUUUAAUGAUAUUGGACCUGAAGGUGGAGAAUUGAUUGCUAAAGCACUACAUAAAAACAAAACUCUCAAAUACUUGAGGAUGACGGGAAAUAAGAUUGCCAAUACGGGUGGCAUGUUUUUUGCUGCCAUGCUGCAGAUUAACUCGUCCCUGGAGAAACUGGACCUGGGCGACUGCGACCUGGGACUGCAAAGCGUGAUAGCAUUUACCACAGUGCUGACUCAGAACAAAGUGAUCAAGGCGAUAAACCUGAACCGACCUAUACUGUAUGGAGAACAGGAAGAGUCUACAGUUCACAUGGGCCACAUGUUGAAAGAAAAUCACUUCCUUGUUGAGCUGCACAUGUGUAAACAUGACAUGAAAAACUUUGGCCUGCAGCAGCUGUGCAGUGCACUGACUCUGAACAGCAGCCUGCGCUACCUUGAUGUCAGCUGCAAUAAAAUAACUCGCGAUGGAAUGGUGUAUUUGGCCGAGGUACUGAAAAGCAAUACUACCCUGGAAGUAAUAGAUCUUUCUUUUAACAGAAUAGAAAACGCAGGUGCAAAGUACCUCAGUGAAACUCUAACUUCCCACAACAGGAGUCUUAAAGCAUUGUCCAUAGUGAGCAACAAGAUAGAAGGUGAAGGGCUCGUUGCACUUUCACAGUCGAUGAAAACAAACCUCGUAUUAUCUCAUAUCUACAUUUGGGGGAAUAAAUUCGACGAGGCUACAUGUGUGGCGUAUUCAGAUUUGAUGGAGAGUGGCCGGCUAAAGCCAGACAGUACAGAUGUGGAGCCAUAUGUGGUGGAUGGACGUGUCUACCUCGCAGAGGUCUCCAAUGGCCUUAAAAGGCAUUACUACUGGUCACCAACUUAUGGCAAUGCUUACGAACACUCGUCUAACGCAGGCUUUGCUCUUGUUCCAGUUGGGCAACAUCUAUAAGAAACAAGCGUGAAAAUCGUUCUCAUACACUUGCCUCAUCAUUUUGAGAGACUAAUAUUUUAUAGUCUAUUUUUCUUCUAUAAAUUAGAACAAGUUAUUUUUAUCAAAUUUGUUAAACUCUGUGUACUUUCCCCUUGUUGAGAAAAAACUGAUUCUUAAUACAGAGACUAAAUAAUCAAUCCAAAGAAACCAUGGAGCUAUUCUAAUUCUUUUUAUAAUGAAAAACAAGUAACAAACACACACACAAACACAGACAAUAGAAUAAUAAGCAAAGAUCACUAAAGACAUCUUAACCAAAGUGUAUGGCAGAAAAGAUGCAGCUCAGAAACUCCCAGUGGAUUUCAGGAGAUUCCCAAGUUCAAAGUUCAAAAGUAUUCCACACAGACUGUUAGGCAUUGCAGACAGGUGUCAAUACCAAUAAAACAAGAAAAUAGAAAGCUUCCUUGCAAAGACAGUGGCUAUCCUGGGUUUAUACUCCCUUUCUGUGUCUGGCUCUUGUUCACUCACUAUUAGUGCAAUCCACUGUUAUCAGUGUUAACUGUAACCCAUCUUACUGCCCUGGAGAAGCAUUCCAUCAUAUGCCAAGUGAGGGUCUACUGAGUCAGUCAAGAGAUGGCCUUUCAGGGUUAGAUACUCAAAUCCCUUAGCAAUGCAGUUUGCUUUCUCAGGUCUCGGUCUACUCCUAGGUGCUACAGUAGGGCUCUCACGAGAUGGGUACAGAUGACCAACCUGCAUUUGGACCUAUACUGAACUACUAAAAACGGCAUCUUAAUGAGCAGGCCACACGUCACUGGAGUGAGGCCAGCUCAGCAGACAUCUACUGGUUCUGGGAAGGAACCAGUCAUUUUUUUUUUUUUUUAGGAAAGUUUUGAUGAUGCAAUUUUAUAGGUUAUUUGUUGGUUCCCGGCUGCCCAGACCCAAAAUAAUCACACAAAAACUAUAUGAAUUAAAUCAAUUCUUGGCCCAUUAGCUCUAGCUUCUUAUUGAAUAACUCUUACAUCCCAUUUCUAUUAAUCUGUAUAUCACUAUGAGGUUGUGAGCCUAUCAGCACGUCUAUCUCUGGUGGCAGCUCCAUGGCAUCUCUCUCACUCCGCCCUUCUUUCUCCCAGCAUUCAGCUUAGUUUUUCCCGCCUAGCUAAAUUCUGCCUUUCUAUAGGUCCAAAGCAGUUUCUUACUCAUUAAUGGUAAUCACAGCACACAGAGGGAAAUCUCACAUCAUUGUUUACUACCUCAGAGGCCAGCAGAAUGCUCAGACCCAUUUAUUCUGCUAUUGUCAUUUAGGCCCCUUUCUACAUCUGGAUACCAUCUGAGAGAUAAGACAGAAAGCGUUCUUCCAAAAGAUGAGCAGGCCAGUGAGAGCAGGCUAAGCUGCUGCUUCCCUCUAGGCUAACCCUUAGUUACCUUAGUCAGGCAAGGGCUUGAGGAGAUAUACAAGUUCCGCAGGAGAACUCCACUUCCUCUCUACAUCUUAUACUGAAUAAAAUUACAACGUAUCAUAACUUCUACUUCCCUUUUAGCAAUCAUCUUCUGAGAUCCUGCUUAAAUAUAGCUGAUUAAAGUCAUGAGUCACAUUAUACUAAUAAUGAUUUAACUCUGAAGGCAAAAAGUUAAGUGCCACACCUUAAAAAUAAUAUGAAGACAAAAUAGAAAUCACUGAGAAACACUUCAACGUUUCAACACUUAGUCAUCAGAGAUGCGAAUUAAAACAACCUUGAGAUUUCAUCUGAUACCACUCGGAAUAGGCAAGAUCAAUAAAACACAAUAGCUCAUGCUGCUGAGGAUGUGGGAUAAGGGGAGCACUUAUUCACUGCUGCAGGGAGUGCAACAAUGCUGUCUCAGCUACCAUGGAAAUCAGUGUGGUGGUUCCUCAGGAAGCUAUACCUGGAAAUCCGAUUUGCCACAUUCGGGCAUAUACCCAAAGGACUCUACAUCCUACUACAGAGACACUUGCUCAAGCAUGUUUGUUGCUGUUCUAUUCAUAAUGGCAGAAACUGAAAACAGCCUAGAUGUCCAUCAACAGAUGAAUGGAUAAUGAAAACAUGGUGUAUUCAUCCAACAGAAUACUACUCAGAUGAUAAACAGUACAAAAUCCUCAGGUAAACAGACGGAGCUAAGAAAAACGUCAUGCUGACUUCCAAAAGAUAAACAUGGUAUGUUUAUCUUACAUGUUAUGAUGGCUGCUCUGGACUGUCAACAUGUGGAUUUAACUAAACCUCAAGCACCUGGGCACACUAGAAGGGAUUUUUCUUAAUUAUACCAUUUGAAGUCAGAAGAUCCACCUUAAAUCUGGGCCACAGAUUAUAUAAAGGACAUGAAAGAAGGACACUUUUGCUUUUUGCCUGCUUGACCUCACUCUUGCAGGCAAGUUCAUUCCUUCACUGGUAUUAAAGUGUACUUUUUCAGGAUUCUGAGACAGCAUUGUUGAACUAGCUAGGCCACAGUCUGUAAGCACUCAAAUAAACCCCAUAUAUAUUUUGAUAUACAUAUGAAACACACACACACACACACAUAUAUUCAUUCUAUCAGGUGUUUUCCUAGAGAACACAUAAGUGAAAUUUAGCUUAAAAGUCUGUGAUACGUGUGCUAUAACCCAGAGAACCAGACGUUAGGUAUCAAGUAAGGGAUUAGUGGGGAGGAGAGGAUCUCCCAAAGAAGGAGAAAUAGAAUAUACUGUUAAGAAGAGAUGGCAGUGGGAGGGGCCUAGAGUGGGAGGACUGACUGGGAAGGGGUGGGCGAGGAAGAGAGAGGCGAAGGAGGGACAGCUAACACUAAGAACCCCACUACUAUAGAAACUUCUUAAAACAUAUACAUUCAUGAAAGAAGUCUAAAUGAAGUCACCGAACAGGAGAGAGAAUGCCCCAACUAGACAUAUUCUACCACCAAGUGAAACUUCCAGUUCCAGGGAUGGAUUAGAUACAAUUCAGUUGUCGGCCAGAGGGUCCUAUGGAGACCCCCAAACAACUCAAGCGACUUCAGACUAUUGGUUACUCUCUACAAACUGAUGGUAAGGCCCUAUUGCAGCAGACAGCACCCACCGUCAUGAACACU